UCCAAAUUGCAACAUUCGCCUUUAGAAUCAUUUUCCUGUACUCGAGGCCAUACUCAAACUUUCCUUCUUCUACGUUGCUCCGGCGAGCUCCUUCUCCGUACGCAAAUAUGGAAGCCACCACCGUCCAUUCAGACAGUCGCCCGACGAUAAUGGUCACCAACGACGACGGAAUCGAUGCACCCGGUCUUCGCUCUCUGGUUCGCGUCCUCGUCUCCUCCCAACUUUACAAUGUUCGAGUCUGUGCUCCUGAUUCGGAAAAGUCAGCUGUUAGCCAGUCUAUUACUUGGCUUCAUCCUGUUUCUGUCAAGAGAGUGGCAAUUGAAGGAACCACUUCUUAUGCUGUUUCUGGAACUCCGGCAGAUUGUUCUUCUUUGGGAGUAUCCAAAGCUCUCUUUCCUACAGUUCCUGACAUGGUAGUCAGUGGCAUAAAUAUGGGUAGCAACUGCGGUUAUCAUGUUGUGUAUUCUGGGACAGUUGCUGGUGCUCGGGAAGCGUUUUUUAAUGGCAUUCCUUCUAUUUCCUUAUCUUAUGAGUGGGUUGGAGGUAGGAGCAAUAUAGAAGACUAUACCCUAGCUGCUGAGGCUUGCUUGCCCAUAAUAAGUGCAAUGUUAGCUGAUGUCAAGGCUCAAAUUUUUCCACGAAAUUGUUUCUUGAAUAUUGAUUUUCCAACAGAUAUUGCUAAUCAUAGGGGUUAUAAGUUAACUAAGCAAGGCCGAUGCAUAUACACAAUGGGUUGGAGGAGAGUUACAUCCGACUCUCAAGGAGGUAAAAUGUUGUCAACUAUGACAAUGGAUCCAACAUCGCCAGUGGAAUGUAAAAUGUCAAAGGAAUCAUCUUCAUCUGAACUGUUUACGAGGCAGGUAAUAAGUGCACCGGUUGAUAAUGAAGAUACAGAUUACAAAUAUCUACUAGAAGGCUAUAUUACUGUCACUCCUCUUGCCGCCCUGUCUCGUGCAGAGACUGAGUGCGAAAACUUUUUGGAAGCAUGGUUGCCUGGUGUGGUUGCUCGGCCAUCACCAUCUGCUUUAUAAUUUCUUAAGGUUUCUGGGUUUAGGCGUUUUAUUAGAUGGUCAAAAUUUGAGCAGAGUCGUUUCUAGUUUAAUUUUCAUCGUGCAGAGAGCAGUUCUUCGUAUCAUGGAAAAUAUAAAUCCGGAUUGAAAAAUUGUUUAAAAGAAGAGUUGUGGAAGCCUUACUGUGAGUUGAUUCUAUUAAAAAUAUUACUCAAUGGGACAGAAACUUAAAGAAAUAGCCUUUCUUUCUAUCAUUACAUUUUUCAUUUCUAAUAAUGUUAUUAUAAUCGUUGUUUACUUCCA